AACAAUUUUGUAAAAAUGGACAUUGAAAAGCUAUUUCUGAAUAUUGAAAGCUUAGAACAUUAUAUCAACAUCACAAAAGAUGUUUCAAGGAAAUAUAAAAACACGAAAAUACAAUUGAACAUGUCGACUGUAAUUUCUUUGAAAAAGGCUCGUUUUUUCGAAGUUGAGUACUUCACAGAGUGCGAUGGCCAUGGUGCAGCAAUCAUCAUUAUUGAGCGACUGUUGGAAGUUGGCCGUUCGAAAAUAUGGGGUCUUCUUGGCAAAGAGCUUGUGUUAUUAUUUCAGCACUGGUUGGAUUCAACAAGGAAACAACUUAUUAUUAUGACAAAGAACUGGUGGUCAUUUAUGAAGUUGCUUCUCAAGUUUAUAAAGGAGCUAAGACUAAAAGACAGUGUCCUCCCAGACAUGCUAGUUGAAGGGACAGCGGAGUACCUCCUGGACUUGGCAACCAGGUCUCAGGUUAAUGUUCAGCAACGGCUGGACAUCUUGUACUGUCUCAACUUGUGCUGCGCCGACUCCAGCAGGGAAGUCAGGUUCUCUACCAGGCAUCGAUUGGAGACUUAUUUUGUAAAGCUAUCGACUAUCCUAGCUACUACAGGACACGUCCCAACCCAGUACUACAUACUGGAGACAUUACUCCGCUGGCUGUUGCCGAGACAGAACACGAGUGUGCGGCAAACGGCGGCCUCUAUGUGGUUCCCCGAAAACCUGUACAGAAAGGAGGCAGUUGGUGUAUUUCUCGAGAGGAAGUGGCAGAAUUUUUAUCUGGACGCUCGAGACUUCCUCAACGCCCACAAUCAGUCUCCGGGACUCCCCACGUCCGUUGCCUACCGUCAGAUCACGAUCGGCACUUUAAUUAUGGAGUGCUCAACAAAACGUGACGCCUGGCUGGACAUAAACCCAGCCACCAAAAGUAUCACAAUACUACUGGAGCCGCGUAUGACUGAAGUGUUGAAGUUGCCCGCAGCUACCAUGCACACCCUGGUUGUGGAUAGUGAUAUAGUCACGUGUGUUAAACUUGGCAGGGAAUCUUCAGAAUUGACAUUAGUAAUCAAAACAAUGCGUCCCCUACACACGUACCCUUCAGACCAGCCAAUAGGAGACGGGGAUAUUACUAUUGCAGUCAGCCAAAGAAACGAUCUAAGAAGGUUCGACAACGCUUUAAGAGACGUUUUUGGUGAUCUUUAUGAGAUUCUUAUAGAUUUCGAAGAGUUGUCUUCGUCGUCUCCUCACAAAGCUGAUGGGAAUAAAAAGAUAGUCAGUAGUUCGGAAGAAGACACGAGAUUUUCUCACCCAGUUCGUACUACGCGACGUAAAUUUUCAGGAUAUGUGACAAAAUCGGCUUCUACGUGGAAGUCUCCGUCUACGACGUCCACGACGUCGCUAGCUCUUCUCCACGAUAGACUAGAAGCGUUGCCAAAAUUUAGAUUCAAUAAAGAACCAGUAAAAGUUGCCGCUUUGCCCGAUUUGUCUAUGGUUAGCGAAUUAACUGAAGUUAUCGAUACACAGAGUAUUGCUAGCGGAACAAGCAGUAAUAGACCUUAUCGAGGAGGUUUUAAGACUCUUAGAAAAACUGAGAAAAAGUCGCAAAGUGACGGAGAGACGUCCGUUUCUAAGAAAUAUAUAUCGCCCAUUAGUGGUGUUAAGGAACAUAAUCCUUCAUGUCUUCUGGUAGCCACAGUUGGUGCCGAUGAAUCUAUUUUAAAUGACACCAUACAAAGUCUUUCAAAAAAUAAAGAUUAUGAGUCAGACAAUAUUGUUGAUUUGCUUUUAAAAGAAGCCCUACAAAGCAAAGACGAUAAGUUAGAUAGUGGUAUCAAUACUUGUGAAAAUAGGAAAAGUCCAGAGUUGAGAGAUAGUGAUGCGAUUGAAGAUACGCCUAAUUUAGAACAACCUAAAUCAUUUAGAAAAAAAGUAACGGUUCCUAAAGAUAAUGAAUCUGAGUGCAAUGAAAUAGAUGUGUCCCAAUUUGAAUUUGUUAGUGUAAGGAAGAAGGUUUUGAUCGAUAAACAUAAGGAAAUUGAAGAUGAUGUCCAAAAUGGUAUAGAUACUAAUGACAUGCCUACGUUUGAUGAAGACGCUAUUGAAAAAUUCUUUUCUGAGCAUAUUACGCAAGAUAGAACCGGAGGUAUCGUUCUGAGUCCCACUUUAGCUAGAAAAAUAAAUGAAACCAGCUCAGAAGAUAGUAACAGUUUCAAAGAUUGUUUAGUUGAAGGAGAUUUUUGUAACGCACAAAAUUUACAAGUGAAUUUUGUGGACAUUAAUUACAUACAAGACGCAGAAGUAAUCGAUUGCUUGAAUAACAUUAUCGAUAAAGUUUGCCACGAUAUUGAAAAGUGUACAGAAAUUUUGGGAAUGGAUCAUAUAAGAAUGGAUUCAUCAAAUGUUAUGGAAAUAAAAGAAGUUGAAAAUAGAGAUGAUAAUGUGAAUCGAGUACUCGUAAACAUUGAAAAUUUAGAUUCAUAUAAUAAAAAAGUGGUUGAAACUCCCAAAAAGAAACCUAAACAGAAAAAGGUAAUUAAAUUGAAGUUUAACACAAAGAAGACACGUUCUAAAAGACAAAACAAUUUAGCGAGCAAAAUGUCUCCUAUUCCUGAAAGCAAAGAUAGUGUAGAUCCAGAAAUGCUUGAAAAAAAUAAACCUCACAUAUCAAUAGAAAAAGCUAUCUGUCCAGAAGUUUCUGAACCAACUGAUAAUAUUCUUAUUGAAGUUGCACAGGUACCAAAUGAAAAGGCGGCAACUAGUCCAGAAAUAACUAAUAUAUCCCCUAAGAGUAUCGACAGUAAUGCGCCUCUGAUUCGAAGAAGACGCAAAUUAUAUUCUCCAAAAGAUGAACAUAAUAAAACUGAUAAUUCAAAUGAAAAUACAGAAAAGCAGGAAUCAGAUGUCCAUUAUUUACAAGAUGAUGAUGAAGCAGAUUUCAAGUCCGUUUCUAAAAAUACUCCAAAAUACGCAGCUACUUGUUAUAAGGACAUAGAAAAAACGCGAAACAAACUUAUUCGCUUGCCUAAAUCAAGAAAAAAUAAAAAGCAAACUAGAUCUCAAUCUCCUAAAUCUAAAAAGGUACAUAGUUUUGACAACUUAAAUUCCAGAGUUGAUGUUAUUUUGGCUAAAAAGAGGUCACCGUCUCCAAGGACUAAAAAGAUGAAUGACCUUUUUGAUAAUUUGAAAACGAAUGUCGAAGAGCACGAUGUUAUUUUCGCAGAUAAUAAAUUUAACGAAGAAGAAUUGGCUGUAUACAAUUUUACGAGUGACAGUGAAGAUGAGGACUUUAAGAAGAAAAAAGUUGAAUUGAAAAAGCGCUUUAGCACUACGACUAAUGCUAGUUGCGAUUCAAUUAUAUCUCGCCAUGGCAGAGUCGUCAAUAAAGUAAAUUACUCAGAAAGAUCAUCCGAUGAUAAACCGAAAAAGGCUAAAGCCAAUGAAAAAACAAAAAAAAACGUUGUCCGGCGUAAAAAGGUUAGUCAGCGAAGACCUUAUAAUUUGGCCGAUGAAAGAAUGAGGGAGGCACAAAACGAAAAACUUAACACUUCUUUAGUAAUUAAUAAAACGGACAAUGAAGUAUUGACAGAACCUGACCUUGUUUUGGAAGCUCCACCUCAAAUGGAAGUCAUGGGAAGUGAAAUAGAUGAAACAGUUACAACCGCAUCUCGUCCUAAUAAAAGUGGAAAGAAAAAGAAAAAAAUCACGGUUAAAAAGGAUGCCAAACUUAAAAUCGACAGAAAAAAUGAUAAUGAUGAUAAAACUCUAAGCCCGCUACCCGGAUUGGUAAUAGAAGCGAUGCCAUCUCGAAAUGAAGACCCUAAUGAUUCUGUGUGCACACAAGUCAUGAAUAAACUGAAGAAAAUAUACCACGAUGGUCCUGACAUUGUCGACGAAUCUAACACAACACAAAAUAUGCUUCUAGAUAUAGAUAAGGAUUUUAGUCAUCAUUCUAUUUCCAAUGACUUUGGCAGAAUGUCUCCAAACAUUUCGGAUAUCAAGCAAACAAAUUCUAAACAUAUAAUAACAAGAAAAAAUAAUGCAAUAUUAACAGAAAACGAGAAUGUUAUUGAAGAAAUCAGUUUUGAGGAAAUCACAGAGAACGUGCGCCGAAGAAAAGGUGGCGACAUUGUUAAUAUAUCUGAUGUACAAUCGGAAAAAUCUAUAGCUACAGUUGGAAAAUCUCCGAUAAACGCUCACGGAAAUAUUGACGAAGCACCACCGGACAAAAUACUCCUCCUCAAAAGAGUACAAUCAAGGGAUCUGACGAUAGAUGAUAUGGACACUUCUAUAAAAGAUUAUUAUCUAAAACUUAAAGAACAAUUAAACCAACCAAAUUCGAGCGAAAAUAGCUCGGGGAUCCUGGAAAUCGAUUUAAAAGGAGCAGAUAAUAAUUCGCAAUUUGCUUCACCUGUUGCACAGAGGCUUGAAAGGUCGAAUGACGUUUUUCGAGGGCCAAUAAGAAAAUCAGAUGGAAGAUGUGGUGGUAAAAUUGAUUUAAUUGAAAAUUUCUCUGAAAAAGUUGUGUCACCCGACGCAAAAGCAUCUAAGUGUAAAUUAAACAUUUUUGAUAAGAUUAAAAUGGACUUGAUUGAAGAAAGCUCAAACAGCUCGAGGAAAUGCAUAUCUCCUGUCGUGUCCUUGACUAAAAUGUCGUACGAUGAUAUCUCUAGAUGGCUGCCAUCGAGACGAAACUCAUCUGAUUCUUCAAACUCUCAAAUAUCUAAACCGAUAGAAAAAAUCAAAGAUGUGUCAGAAAAAUCGUUUUUACGUCCAAUAUCGAGUGUUAAUGCCAAAGAUAUAAGAUCUGUCCCUCAAAACACAUCACAAGAAGUGAGUUUAUCUUCUAAAAGUAGUUCUAAAGGGAAUAAAACUAAAAAAGGUAUCAGAUUGCAGUACAAUCUUAGGUCAGCGUCUAAAACUAUUUCUUCUAUUACAAAAAUUGAGACAGAUAUAGACGGUAAUAAUAAUGAUCAUAAUAGUAUCACUGCUCGUAAAAGUAUAAUUUCUCCUAUCAAACUGCUUGACGAAUUAGAAGCUUUUAUAACUCCGCAAAUAACCGAAAAAGAAAAUACUAUAACGGAACCGAUUGGACUUGAAGAAAGAGGGAAAAAUCCCGUAUUGAAUAUAUCAGUGUCUUCGAAAAGAUUAAAGAAAUCGGCAGGCAUAUCGAGUGGUGAAUCGAAUAUUAGUUCAUCGACAAGAGUAGAUGGGAGGGUAUCCAUAAGGGGUGCUAAAAGGAAAUCCGACACUCCGGAGAGAGUGUAUGGCAAGAAGGGGAAAAUGGAAGUAAUCACUGAGAGCGGCCCUAGUAUGUCCAGCGUCGAUGAUUGGCUGAAAAAGAGCGCUCCCACAAUUGCAGGUAAAAAUUUGGACGAUUCCUACGCAGAAACAGUUCAAAAUAUAAUGGAGAAACUGGACACAACCUUGGCUGAGAUCCACCAAAAUACCAGCAAAAACUUCCUCCAUUUAUUCGUGGAAGCGCAGCGUCACCUGGCAUUGGCGAAACACGAGCGUCGCCGCGCGCUGAAGCAAGUCGCCACUGAUGUACUGAAGGAGGUCGUCAAUGUACUGGACAGGAAGUUUGACGAUUUGGAAAAGAGAAACCAAGAAAUGGACACGGAAUUCAUGGAGCAAUUGAAAAGUCGCGCCGCGGAGUUUAUUCGCGAGGACUGUAAGAAGAAACGGGUGAUGGUGGCGCUCCUACGGGAAGAUAUCAACGCUACAGUCCACCGCAUACAUAGCCAGGAUACUGAAUAAAGAUAUACGCUACAGUCCACCGCAUUUAUAGCCAAAUGGAAUGUAUAUAAUGUAAGGAAUAAAAAAGGAUUUUCAUUUUUAAAUAAAAAACAAUACGUUUAUUUUGCACAAGUAUAAUCUCAAAAUUGUUUUAUGUAUGUUUCAUGUACCAUUACCAUUACAUAUAAACACGAAUUUGUUUUAUCAUUACCAUGCGACAAGUAAACGCAUAAUCUAGCACGUAUUUCAAUGCAAUGUUCAAUUUUACGUCAAAUGAGCUGUUGAAAUAUAUUUUGAUAAAUAAGAGCUUGUUAAAUGUAAUAUAUUGAUGUUAAAAAGAAUGUCGUUAUAUUUUUGUUAAUGAGUUGGUUUAUUUUUGUUUUAAAAUAUGUUUAGUGUAAGUUAAAGUGUCAAUUUUAAUUCUUUUAUUUAUAUAAUGUUCAUUCUCAUUAUGAAUUUUGUUUCACAAUAAAUGAUUUUUAAUUAAA